AUGGCAAAGAAUAUAGGAUUUACCAAGUUAUCAAAUGACGAAUUCCAAAUCCCCAAGGAAUCAUUCACGGCAUGUAAACUUUCAUAUGGAGAUAUAGCAGAUAUCAGUGAAGCCUCGAAAUGUGACUUAUUGGGCGGGGUCCCCGAUGCAUGGUAUGACAAGGCUAAUCGGUUCAAUUUAAGGAAACUUUCCCAAAGAAGAUUGUCUCGCAAUGUUCUGGUUGCAUUGAAUGCGGCUAGCAAUAGUAUCCGAAGAACAUAUCAAGUGAAACCUCGAGAAACUCGUAUAGAUGAAGGCAUUUUCAACAUUUUCGCCAAACGACAACAAGAUACUGACGACCAAAGAGCAUCUGACAUUGACCAAGUUACUACUAAUGAUAAUGAAACGAAUAUAGAAGUUCCAGAUGAAUAUGAUAACGAUGAUGAUGAUGAUCACUACUAUGACGAGUUUGAUGCUCAAUAUAUUUUGAACUCAUCUCCUGGGACAAGUAAUAGAGAUUCCAGUAAUCUGGAAUUUAUUCAAUCACUUCCAAAUCCAUCAAUUUUGUCGAGUCCAAUGGGACAAAUUGAUACAGAUGGGACUUCGCCAACCUCCAGACCACUGAGUGAAUAUCCUCCAGGUAUCAUUCGUCUAGGUGACGAUGGAGGAGCUGCAGAGUCUUCGGUUGUUCUGAGUAAGUUUACAUCCAAGACACGUACCUUGAGAUUUGCAAGCGAUACAAAAAUUAAAUCAAGGUCCAAUGGUAUCGAUUUUCUUCCACAUGAACCAACCGAAGUCCUGGUUCAACAAAAUGCGGUUCGAGUUGACAAAGAUCAUUAUAAGAUGCUUGAUCGAAUUAGAACUGCUAAAAACUCAUCCAAGAAACGAGCUAAGAGAGGUAAACGGAGUAUUGAACUGAAGAUUGUCCAUAAAUUAUUGAAAAAGUUUCAUAAUGGUGAAAUCAUUAAAAUGAAUAGAAUGCUUGUCCUAUUGAAAGUGGCGCUGAAAGUCAAUACAACGCUUAAAUUUGAAGAAAAUGAGCCAUGUGAUACUCGUAUCUAUGAGCGGUGGAGAGAAUACUAUGUGGUGUUGAGAAAAUCUGGAGCAAAUAAUUCAGAUAUUGAAAUGCAACUAUAUGAUGUGUUUAAAAGCUCAUCACAAGAUAUGAAAAAACCAGAUAUAAGUUUCAAAUGGACUGAUGACAUACAAGUUCGUUUCUACAGUGCUGUGGAUAAAACAAUCAGUAUUGCUGUCCCAUCUAAGGAUAAGGGGAUGCUUAUUUAUAUACUCCAAUGUCAUGAUCAAACAACAUCUUAUAGAUGGCUAUUCUUUUUAAGUCAAAUCUCAAAUCAUGACUUGGAUUCAUCAUUCCAUGUUCAAAUUCCUCAUAUCGAUUUAGCAUUAACAAUUAACAUCCCCGAAGAUAUUCUUGGAAAAGAAUUGAUAUCGAAGGAUGUUAUGAUGAAGGUUACAAGAUUAGAACUCGGCUACUCAGUAGAAUAUACAACAUUACUCCGGUAUUUGAAAAGCAAAAUCAUUACCGAAUUGUCAAACAUUGGUGUUAUUCGCAAUGAUACUAGUCCAAAGGAUUUGUGGUUGUGCUUCAAGUACUAUGACCGUAUAGAAUGGAUCCCCAACAAUGGACAUAUGCUUUAUUUGCAAAAUAUUUUAAAGUCCAAGGAGUUCCAAUUACAAUUGAUUGAGAAAACACCAAAUCCUCGUACAACCACUUUACCAUCGGGUACCACUCUUCGUGAGCCUGUUACUAUAGAAGGUUUUCUUUCUAGGUUGACUGAUAUCUUUGGAGAUGAAAGCACUCUCUUUAAGCAAUUUUUCAAAAUGCUGUACUUUUACAGUUGUGAUAAUAUUCUUUUCUAUACUAAGUUUUUUCGUGGAUUACCACCAUCGCCUAAUAAUGAUUUAAUGAAUCCCGACUGUGAUGUUUCGAAUAUUGUUGAUCAAAUUCCUAAUAUAUAUACACAUUCCGCGUUUCCCAUUGAUGAAAAUCAUCACCUUUCUUGGCUAAAUGAGAAGGAAUUUGAUAAAGGUGAUAUGUUUGCUCUGUCGGAAUUAGAAAGAAGAGUCCAUCAAAUCAUCAAGGCGGAAGGAAUGAUUGACAUGUGUCUCAUUAAAGAUGUUCGUAAAAUGGACCCGAAAAGAAUAAAAGUCGGUCAAAAGCUACUCUUGAGUAUUGUAUGGUAUUCCAGUGCACUAAUUGAAGAUGAAGCUAUUAUUGACUCUGGCUUUGAAAUAGAAUUGAUUCAUGGGAGUGUUUUGCGAUUACAGGCACCUAAUAGAGAAAUACGAGAUGAAUGGGUGACAAGGUUAUUAGAAAUGAAAACCUAUUGGACAAGUAGGAAACAAGAUGAUGUGAAUAUGUUGCAAAUGGUUCGACAACAAAAUAAACAUCUGUUAAACAUUAGAGAGUACGCUGAUUCCAAUAUCACACAAGAAGCUGGCUUUGUUGAAUUGCAGCACUCUAUUGCAGACCCCCGAAUAUACAAUAUGGACUGCUUAUCUAUUAACCAUUGUGUCCUUAUGAGUGGCUAUUUAUAUAUGAAGAGUAAAAAGCAUGGGGAUUUCAUCCAAUAUUUUGUCGUCAUGUGUCCUGGAUUUCUAUUGCUUUUCAGAAUUAGUCGAAGAUCAAAGGUGAAUGGUGUACUUAAAGUAACUUCUUGUUUCGAACAUUACAUGACUAUCCCUAUAAAUGAGUGUUAUAUUUAUUCGGGGGAAUCAUCAGCACCUGAUUUGUUAAUUUCUUCGCAACGGCAGUUUGAUUCACAGAAUCCGGGACGUCAUCAACUCCCUAGAUUAUACGCCGAUGGGUGGCGGUCUUCGGAAGAAGAGCCAUUGAGAUGCUUUACAUUGUGGGUCGGCAGGAAGAGAAAUAUAAUAGGUAAUGAAAAUUUGAAUCAAAAUUAUUUCACUUCCAACUCUUCGUCAAACGGGAGUACAUUACCAAAAAAUCCGGGGGUCAUCCGUAUGAUUAGAAAAUUAGGUUUAACAGGACGUACAAUUGUUUUUAUGGCUAGAUCACGUCAAGAAAGAGAAUUAUGGGUCUCUAGGUUUCAAACUGAGUUUGACCGAUUUACACCUGUUGAUGAAUACGAAAACUGA